CCCAGCUGUUCUUAAGCGUUGCACAUCUGGUUCCGGUUCCUCUCUUCUGGGGAAGUGAAAGUGGAGGGGAGGGCACAGCCCGGAGUUAGCCAUGCCCCGGCAACCUACACCCCUCUUGCUCCCAAGGGUGCGGGAGCGGGAGCUCCCCUCUGGCUCGGGUCACGCGGCGGCUCGCGCUGCUGCCGUCACGUCCUCGGCAGCCCAUGCGCCGGCUCCUCUCUGCCCUCCUGCUCCUUCCUUACCUCCUCCCGCUCUGCGAGCCCUCUGUCCUAACCCGAACUUCCUGACGCCUGGCAUGUGGGCAUUGGGACCCGGAGUGGCGCCCGUGCCCGUUGCCUUCCCCAGGGAGAAAGGGCUGCCUUCUGCAGGACUCUUCCCGCUUGGUGAGGGGAGGCCCGGGCGCGAAGGUCCUACGGAUGAGGGCCACCCACUCACCCUGCAUCUAGCCCCACCUAAUGGCCCCUGCCUGUUGCCUUGGGCAUAAGGCUCCCAUUCGCUUGCAGUGGGUGAGGGAUGGGGCUGUCCCCUAGAGCUAAAUCAGGAGUCUGACGCUGAUUCCUAGCUUCACCUGGCAGACGUGGAGGCUAAAUUUAGCUCGGGUUGGGGUGUCUGUGUGCCUGUGUGUGGGGCCAGGGCCCAGGUUAAGGACUGAGCCAGCCUGGCUCUGUGAGAGUCCCUUGCUCCUUGUUCCCUGGAGAAGGGUGGGGGGUUAAGUAGGACUGCACAUUCUUGAGUGGCUUUCAGCUGCCUCUGCCGUGCCUUGGCAUGAUGCUGUGCUGGUCCCUUCAACAGUGCCCCCACCACCACCACCACCCCCCCACACACACACAUAGGCUGACUUCCGCUGAGCUGCAGCUUCCCCUCCACUGUUUCAGGAAGUCACCUCCCUUCCCCUCAGAAGCACCCCCAGGCCUCCCGGCCUCUGCUGCACACCACCCACCAAGCUCCUUCCCAGCUUCUGCACUCUGGGGCUCCCCAGGACCCUCAGGGUUCCAAACUCCCUGGGGUUGGGCCAUGGAGGCAGGAAGAAGAGGGGAGCAAGAGGGACAUCUUGGUUACCUUGGCAACACCCUUCCUUGCUUCAUCUCUCCCCCUCUCCCCACCCUGACCAUUCCAGAUGCAGUGAGUGAGGGGGGGGCCAUGGCGGAGGAGCGCCCCCCCCGACUGGUGGAUUACUUCGUGGUAGCUGGGCUUGCAGGGGACGGAGCACCCAUCCCUGAGGAAACAUGGGUUCCUGAACCCAGUGGGCCCCUGCGCCCUCCCCGGCCAGCUGAACCCAUCACAGAUGUGGCCGUCAUCGCUAGGGCACUGGGCGAGGAGGUGCCCCAGGGCUACACAUGCAUCCAGACUUCUGCUGGGGGUCACCCUUUGGAACUCAGUGCUGGGCUCCUGGGUGGAACUCAACCCGCCAUCUGCUACCGCAGGGGCCGUGACAAGCCCCCCCUCGUUGAGCUGGGGGUGUUGUAUGAGGGGAAGGAACGGCCCAAGCCUGGUUUCCAAGUGCUAGACACUACACCCUACAGCCAUUCAGCCAACCUGGCCCCUCCAGGCCCUGGGCACCCCCGCACCUACCUCACUUACCGACGGGCAGCGGAGGGGGCAGGACUGCAUGCCCUGGGCAUCACUGACCUCUGCUUGGUCCUGCCCAGCAAGGGCGAGGGCACGCCUCACACUUACUGCUGCCUGCCCCGCAACCUCAACCCUGGCAUGUGGGGCCCAGCAGUGUACCUGUGCUACAAGGUGGGCCUGGCCAAGGCCAACACACUGGUGUAUGAAGCAGAGCUGCUGGGCCGCUACCCGGAGGAGGACAAUGAGACGUUCCCACUGCCUGAGUCAGUGCCCAUCUUCUGCUUGCCCAUGGGAGCUACUGUCGAGUGCUGGCCUGCCCAGACCAAGUACCCUGUGCCCAUCUUCUCCACCUUUGUGCUCACGGGUGCAGCUGGUGAUAAGGUCUACGGUGCCGCCCUGCAAUUCUACGAGGCGUUCCCGAGGGCCAGGCUGUCGGAGCGGCAAGCACAGGCCCUGGGCCUGCUGAGUGCCGUGGAGCGGGGCCGGGCACUGGGGGGCCGUGCAGUGCGCAGCCGCCGCGCCAUUGCUGUGCUGUCCCGCUGGCCUGCCUUCCCUGCCUUCCGCGCCUUCCUCACCUUCCUUUACCGCUACUCUGUCUCAGGUCCCCAUCGCCUGCCCUUGGAAGCGCACAUCUCCCACUUCAUUCACAACGUCCCCUUCCCUUCCCCACAGAGACCCCGCAUCCUAGUGCAGAUGUCUCCCUAUGACAACCUACUCCUUUGUCAACCUGUGUCCUCACCCUUGCCCCUCAGUGGCGCCAGCUUCCUGCAGCUGCUGCAGAGCCUGGGCCCUGAGCUGGCUGUCACACUGCUGCUGGCUGUGCUCACAGAGCACAAACUACUAGUCCACUCGCUGCGGCCAGAUCUGCUCACCAGCGUCUGCGAGGCCCUUGUCUCUAUGACCUUCCCGCUGCACUGGCAGUGCCCCUACAUUCCGCUGUGCCCGCUGGUGCUGGCCGAUGUGCUGAGCGCCCCUGUGCCCUUCAUAGUGGGCAUCCACUCCAGCUACUUCGAUCUGCACAACCCGCCUACUGACGUCAUCUGUGUUGAUCUGGAUACCAAUGCACUCUUCCAAACUGAGGAAAAGAAGUCCCUCUCCCCUCGGACCCUGCCCCGCAGACCCUACAAGGUUCUGCUGACCACGCUGACAAACCUGUACCAGCAGCUGGACCAGACAUACACUGGACCUGAGGAGGAGGCCUCCCUGGAAUUCCUGCUGACAGACUAUGAGGCAGUGUGUGGCCGCCGGGCCCGGCUGGAGCGCGAAGUACAGGGCGCCUUCCUCCGCUUCAUGGCCUGUCUGCUCAAGGGCUACCGGGACUUCCUGCGCCCACUCACCCAGGCCCCCUCUGAAGGGUCUCGCGAUGUUGACAACCUCUUUUUCCUGCAGGGCUUCCUCAAAUCCCGGGAACGCUCCAGUCACAAGCUGUACUCCCAGCUGCUGCAUACGCAGAUGUUCUCACAGUUCAUUGAAGAAUGCUCUUUUGGCUCUGCUCGGCAUGCUGCCCUCGAAUUCUUCGACUCUUGCGUUGACAAGGUCCACCCAGAGCAGGAGAAGCCUGAACUGACAUCCUUGGUGGAGCUGGAGGAGCUGUCGGGAAGUGAGCUCACUGUCUUUAUCACACCUCCUGAGGAGCCUCUGGUGUCGGAGGGUAGUGAAUCUACUCUCCUGUACUGCUAUGAUGGGUUCCCGGAGCUACGGGCUGAGCUGUUUGAGUCUCCUCAAGAGCAAACUGGGGCCCUGCCUGUGCCGGGCCCAUCCCGUAGUGCCCCCAGCAGUCCUGCCCCUCGUCGUACCAAACAGGAAAUGAAGGUUGCACAGCUGAUGGCACAGAAGUCAGCUGCCAUGCCUGAGCUGUGGGGCCGGUGCCUACUAGGGCACUGUUAUGGGCUGUGGUUCCUGUGUCUGCCUGCCUACGUGCGGUCGGCGCCCUCCCGGGUGCGGGCACUACACACAGCCUACCAUGUGCUGCGCCAGAUGGAGAACCGCAAGGUGGUGCUCCCUGAUGAGGUGUGUUACCGUGUGCUGAUGCAGCUCUGCUCACACUAUGGGCAGCCAGUGCUCUCUGUGCGGGUCAUGCUGGAGAUGCGGAGGGCGGGCAUCGUGCCCAACACAAUUACCUAUGGCUACUAUAAUAAGGCUGUGUUGGAAAGCAAGUGGCCUUCUGGCACACCAGGUGGGCGCCUGCGUUGGGCCAAGCUCCGGAAUGUCGUCCUGGGGGCUGCUCAGUUCCGCCAGCCCUUGAGAGAACAGCGGCAGCAGCAGCAGCGGCAGCAGCAGCAGCCACCAAUUCCAGUGGCAGGCAGCUCCCAGACAGAGCCCCAUCUGGAGCGCCCCUCCCCCACCCGCCCCCUACACCGUCAGACUACUUGGGCUGGGCGCAGUCUGCGGGACCCGGCCUCACCUAUGGGGCGCUUGGUAAAGAGUGGCAGCCUAGGCAGUGCCCGAGGGGCACAGCCCACUGUGGAGGCCAGCGUGGCCCACAUGAUCGAGGCCUUGGGGGUUCUGGAACCCCCAGGAUCACCUGUGCCCUGGCACGAUGGAAGCCUCUCAGACCUGAGCCUGACAGGGGAGGAGCCAGCACCUGGAGGCAGUCCAGGGGACUCAGGCUCAGCCCUGAGUGCCCAGUCCACUGAGACUCUGGAAGGGCUAAGUGGGCGGGUGCCCAAGGCUGGUGGGCGUCAGGAUGAGGCAGGCACUCCCCGACGAGGGCUGGGUGCCCGCCUUCAACAGCUGCUUACUCCUUCCCGCCGCUCCCCUGCCUCCCGAGUUCCCCCACCUGAGCUGCCUCCCGACCUGCCUCCCCCAGCCCGCCGCAGCCCCAUGGACAGUCUCCUGCGCCCCCGGGAACGCCCUGGAUCCACUGCUUCUGAGAGCUCGGCCUCUCUGGGCAGUGAGUGGGACCUCUCAGAAUCUUCUCUCAGCAGCCUGAGCCUUUGCCGUUCCUCAGAGCGCCUCAGCGAUACUCCUGGAUCCUUCCAGCCACCUUCCCUGGAAAUUCUGCUAUCCAGCUGCUCCCUAUGCCGUGCUUGUGAUUCAUUGGUGUAUGACGAGGAGAUCAUGGCUGGCUGGGCACCUGAUGACUCCAACCUCAACACAACUUGCCCCUUCUGCGCCUGCCCCUUUGUGCCCCUGCUCAGUGUCCAGACCCUUGAUUCCCGACCCAGUGCCCCCAGCCCCAAGCUGGCCCCUGCUGGUGCGAAUGGCAGCAAAGAUGCCCCUGUCCCGGGGGGUCCUGGCCCUGUGCUCAGUGACCGAAGGUUCUGUCUUGCCCUGGAUGAGCCUCAGCUCUGCAAUGGGCAUGUGGAAGGUGCUUCCCGGCGGGUCGAGGGGGGUGAAUGGGCGUACCUGAGCCCCCUGGUGCUGCGUAAGGAGCUGGAGUCACUGGUAGAGAAUGAGGGCAGUGAGGUGCUGGCCUUGCCUGAGUUGCCUGCUGCCCACCCCAUCAUCUUCUGGAACCUUCUGUGGUAUUUCCAGCGGCUGCGCCUGCCAAGUAUUCUGCCAGGCUUGGUGCUGGCCUCCCGUGAUGGGGCCUCACCCCCCCAGGUACGGCUGCUGUGGGAUGUCUUGACGCCGGACCCCAAUAGCUGCCCACCUCUCUAUGCGCUCUGGAGGGUCCAUAGCCAGAUCCCCCAGCGGGUGGUAUGGCCAGGCCCAGCACCUGCAUCUCUGAGCCUGGCAUUGCUGGAAUCCGUGCUGCGCCAUGUCGGACUCCACGAGGUGCACAAGGCUGUGGGGCUCCUACUGGACACACUAGGGCCUCCGCCCACUGGCCUGCACCUGCAGAGAGGCAUCUACCGUGAGAUCUUAUUCCUGACAAUGGCUGCUCUGGGCAAGGACCGUGUGGACAUAGUGGCCUUCGACAAGAAGUACAAGUCCGCCUUUAACAAGCUGGCCAGCAGCAUGGGCAAGGAGGAGCUGAGGCAGCGGCGGGCACAGAUGCCCACCCCUAAGGCCAUUGACUGCCGCAAAUGUUUUGGAGCACCUCUGGAAUGCUAGAGACCCUUAAGCUUCUCUCUCCAUCCUGGGUGGGGGGAGGUGGGGAAGAAAGGAUUCUAGAGAUAACCUGCUUCCCUGUUCCCCUCACUGAGGAGUUGGGAACAGGCUGGAAAGCAUGCCCAGUCAUAGGCUCCGAGUGGGGGCAACAGGAAGAGGGGCCCACUGUUACCAAAAGUCACAAUUCCUGUAUCUCCAACCUGCCCAAUUUGCUUGUGCUGAUGUUGGGGGAUGCUGGGGGAUGGAGGGAGGUGGCACAGCUCUGCUCCUCUCAUGUCCUAUACCAGGAACCUCCCUCCAGGGUACCCAGAGAUUGGCACUGCCCUGGUAAUUUUAGAAGUUUUUGUUUUAAAAAACAACUGGAAAGAUACAGAGCUACUGAGCCUUUGCCUUGAAUGGGAGGGAGGGAUGUCAUUCCCCACCAGUGAUGGUCCCCCUUCCCUAGCAUUGCUGAAGAAGCCCAAGGCUCCCCAUGCCUUCCUACCUUAGUGUUUGUAUUUUAUUUUAAAUUAUUUAUUCUGGAGCUAAAACCCCCUUACUUAGGAAGUUCUUAUGGUGGGUGAGAAAGAGAAGGGAAAUGGGGCACCAUGGUUCAGUAGUUUGUAGCUCCUUGCAAGUCAGGAGUCCCAAGUUCCCGCUAGGAAGAACUGCUGUUCCCUCCAGUCCUAAUCCUUCGUGUCCACUCCACCUUGGGGAAUGCCUCACCCACCCAGGGCCCUGACCUGUGCAAUAAGGACUGUUCCUUGCAAAGUUUUGUUGGAUGUAAAUAUAGUAAAAGCUGCUUCUUUUUUC